GUGAACGAUGCAUCACUAUUACUGGUUUCCAGGGGUAACCAUAGCGGUGAAACAUUCUAGCAUCUCAAUGUUAGCCGCUUUGGCGUAACGCUGCGUGUAUUAUACAACACACACACACACACACACACACACACACACACACACACAAAAGUUUCGUUUGGUGCUAUUUAAUGAUUUUAUAUGGAAAGCUUAACAUAUUGACAUGCUAGUUAGCCAGCUAGCUUUUGGGAUAACGCUAAAUUUCCACCAGCUAGCAUUAGUAACGUUAACUACCUAGCAUUGUCUCUCUUAACUAAUUAGCUAAUAGUUCAUUAUCUGUAGUUAGUGUAAACGCUAAUAUAGAGCCGUGACCGUUUUUGAGGUGUUUUUUUUUUUUUUUUUUAAAUCUAAUUCGGUAAAAUGUUCACGGAUGAAUCUCUCGAUAUUGUCGGGUUUCAAUCAUCGUGGAAAAAGUCGCACCGACAGACUCAGGACUCGAAGACGUGUCAGACCAUCCCGGUUCACACGGCCGAGGCUGAGACGCAAGUCAGGAGUGUGUUAAGCAGCAGCACGCAGACCGAUCCUCCAGAGAACCUCACUGAUCAGCUCACGCUCCGCUCGGAUCUGCCGGCCGAGCUGCCCGGGCUGAGGGAUUUCCUGCACCGUGUGGAGGACCUGGUCAUCCAGGAGCUGGUGAAGAACUCAAAGAGCCACGCUUUUGAUGGGUAUGAAGUGAACUGGACUGAUCAGCAUGAGACGAUGUCAUGUUUAUUCAGGCUUGGGUACAGUGAAGCUCGGGACAGGGGGCUGCAGGUGACCAGCGUAUCCUGGAACUGCACCGGUUCUGUUAUCGCGUGUGCUUUUGGCCGUGUCGAUGACGGUGACUGGAGCACUGAGAGGUCGUACGUGUGCACAUGGAAUCUGGACCGUAGAAGAGUGAACCCGAAACAGCCCGACACGGUCAUAGAGACGGCAACACCCGUCAUGUGUGUGUCCUUCCAUCCACUGCAGCCGUCUCUGAUUGCAGGAGGGCUGUACAGUGGAGAAGUGAUGGUGUGGGAUUUGAGUCGCACUCAGGAUCCUGUUUUGGCUCAAACAGGGAUGUGUUCAGAUACACACAAAGAGCCGGUAUAUGAGGUGAAGUGGGUCCCAGGGCCUCGUCGAGGAGAGAUGGUGGUUGUAAGUGCGUGUUCAGGAGGUCGAGUCCUGCGCUGGAGUGUAGAUGGAGCAGAAGGUAAACUGACUCUAACGGCUGGAUUUGCGUUUGUCAGGCAGCAGCUCCCUCUGAGGCGAUCAGCCAACAGGGUGAGAGGCGACAUGGCUGUAGGCGUGACGUCUCUCGCGCUCUCACCCUGGGACUCGGACAUGUUCUUGGUGGGCACUGAGGGGGGUCUGGUGCUCAAGUGUUCCUUCAGCAGUCAGACGGUGGCAGCGGUGCCCCCUGAUGGUGAGAGUGUGACACUACAUGCUCCUGCACAGUUCUCUUUCUCACCGCGAGCCGGUCCUGUUCAGUCGCUCCACUUCUCCCCCUUCCACAGGAACCUGUUUGUGAGUGUGGGGACAGACGGCAUGGCGCAUGUCCACAGCGUCCUGCAGCCUGGUCCCCUGCUGUCCCUGCGUGUUUCUGACUCGUACGUGUUUGGAGCACGGUGGUCGCCCGUUCGCCCACUAGUGUUCGUUGCAGUCACUGGGCAAGGUGUGUUGCAGGUGUUUGAUUUGGGUCAGAAGUGUCUCAGACCAGUGGCCACCGUUGAGCAGGACACUGGGGGUCAGUGCGUUCUGUGUGUGGAGUUUAACCAGCAGCAGCUCCUGGCGGUGGGGAAUGCAGACGGUACGGUGAACAUCUGGCAGCUGAGUGCCGAGUUCACUGAGCAACGGCCCAGAGAGAGUGCCAUCCUGCAACAGCUCGCAGAUGAUGUACCCGAGUGACCAGGCUUUAGGGUGGAGUCCAGGACGGAGAACUCGUCCCGCUCAGUGAUCUGAGCGCUCUUUGACCUGAUCCUGUGGGAGAAUUCAGGAGGUUGGGAAAUUUAACCAUUAUUGAGCGAGGCCCUAACCCUCUCUGCUCCAGGGGCGCUGUAUCAUGGUUGACCCUGCACUCUGACCCCAACUUCCUGGCAUGCUGGAGUAUGUGAAGAAAAGAAUUUCACUGCACUGUAAUGUAUAUGUGACCAAUAAAGACUAUCAUUCUGACACGAAAAUGUUCACACUUUGUUUACUAGAUAAAAAUGGCAGUUGCAGUCUAACAUUUGCACAUACAGUGCUGUGAAAAAGUAUUAGCCCCAUCCUGAUUUCUUCUGUUUUUGUGUAAAUAUUAUACUAAAUAGUUUUAGAUUUACAAAUGAAAUGCAUUCUGAGUAAACAUAAAAUGCAGUUUUUACCUAUUUUGUUUUUUAUCGAAGCAAAAUAAAAAGUUAUCCAACACUGA